AUGGCGCUGGAAGGAUGCGUAGGCUCACUGCGCAGUAGCAUGCAAUUACUCGAUUCAUCUAUCAACAUACUGGACCAAGGCGUGAGCGACUUUCCCCGACUGGCCAAAGUACUGCAGACGACACGGCACUUCGAGCUCAUCUCUGAAUCCGACCUCCAAACCGCGCAAUCAGCACUCCUCUCAGAAAUCCGUCCCGAGGUCGAUAACCUUCUUAAGCGCGUAGAAAACUACCUCGACAAGCUGGAGCGUCGCGAGCAAUCCUUAAUAGCGAAAUGCGAUCUGAACGACGGCAGACUCGGACGCGACAACAAUGGUAGCUCAGGCUCCAGACCAGCAAGCAGGACCACACAGCGAAGCGGAGGCAAGACCAUCAGCGCGCAACAGGAAAUGAGAAUGAAGACUUUGAAAGCGAAAAAGGAUAGGCUAAGCUAUGCCGUAGAGACGCUAGAGUUGCAGGCGAAGCAGAGGGAGCGGCAGUUGCGGAUGAGCAUGGCCGCACCGCAGCAGUUAUACGAUGAUUGA